UGGUUUUUCUUGUGGCUUUAAAAACCCUACGGAUCAAAACCCCGGGUAUCGUUCCGCUCUCCUUCGCCGCCUCUCUUUCUCCUUUUUUUUUCACCUUAAACGCAACACCACCACGGCACAAUCACCGGUUUGAACCUCUCUCGGUCUAUCUCGCGCUCUCUGCUCUCUGAUAGUGACUAAACCAUCAGAAACUAAUCAUAUUGAAUUGAGAAGUUUUGCUUCGCCAGUCUGGUCGUGUGCCCAGAAAACGGGCGACGCGAGGAGGAGAGACCACUUGGUACUGCUGCUAUUGUUUUCAAGACCUGUUUUUUGGAACAGUUUUAGACUAAUCAUUCGUCGGCUCCGCUAAAGAAAUCAGUGUUUUGCUUAUUGUCGGAUUCAAUGCCGAAGAAGAGGGACCGGCAUCAGAACCCGCAGCCUUUUAUUGCUGACGAAAAUGCCUCGGUGGCCUCAAAGAAGCGAUCGAAAUUGCCCAAACAGCACCAGACGGAUGAGGAGCUGAUAUCGUCGGGCAUGAGCUCCAAGAUCCUGAAAGAAGCCUUGGCACAACAGAGAGAAAUCCAGGACGAGGCGGAACCUCGAAACGCUAACGGAAAUAACAACUCCUUCGUUUUCACUGAAGCAUUCGCUGAGGCCGAAGAAGCAGAAGAGGAUGAAAUCGACGAUUUUGGUGGAUUCUCUGAAACUCGGAGCCUAUUUGACUCUUAUGAUGAGGAGAUUAAUGAAGAGGAUGAGAGAGUACUGGAGGCAUUCUUAAGAAAGGAUGCAGGUCCCCAGCGUACGCUUGCUGACCUCAUUGUUGAAAAAAUUAAGCAGAAAGAUGCAAAUGCUGCUUCAGAACCGCGACCUUUGCCCAAAUUGGAUAAUUCCAUCAUAGAUUUGUACAAGGGAGUUGGCAAGCUUCUUGGUAGUUAUACAGCAGGAAAAAUACCCAAAGCAUUCAAACACAUACCUUCUAUGCAACUAUGGGAGGAUGUCCUAUAUUUGACAGAGCCUGAGAACUGGUCACCAAAUGCCCUGUAUCAAGCAACUAGAAUAUUUGCUUCCAACUUGGGUGCGAAGAAGGCAGAACGCUUCUACAGACUAGUCUUGCUCCCACGAGUGAGAGAAGAUAUCUUGAAGAAUAAGCGGCUUCAUUUUGCAUUGUAUCAAGCUUUGAAGAAGUCACUUUACAAACCUGCCGCAUUCUUCAAAGGGAUACUAUUCCCUCUAUGUGAGUCGAGGACAUGUAAUCUCAGGGAAGCUGUCAUUAUUGGGAGCAUUCUACAGAAGGUCUCCAUUCCUCCGCUUCAUUCAAGUGUUGCAUUAUUGAAGCUUGCAGAGAUGGAAUAUGGUGGUACAACAAGCUACUUCAUAAAGCUUCUUUUAGAGAAGAAAUAUGCUUUGCCUCAUCGUGUCCUUGAUGCUACUGUUGCUCAUUUUAUGAGAUUCCUUGAAGAUGCCAGGAUAAUGCCUGUAAUAUGGCACCAGUCACUGCUUGCAUUUGUACAAAGGUAUAAAAAUGACCUGCGGAAGGAGGAUAAAGAUAACCUCAGAAAUCUACUUGAAAAGCAAAAGCACAAACUAGUUACUCCUGAAAUCCGCCGGGAGCUAAAUAAUAGCCGCAACCGUGGUGAAAAGGAGGAUGAUCUUAUGUUAAUUUCCUCAUCUGUUACUGUGAUCAAUAAAACUAUUGAAGAAGAUAGGUUUGAUAUUCCAGAGGUGCCUAUGGAGGAGGAUUGAUCAAUUGGCUGGUUUAUGGACAUGGGUUCCCCAUGUUUGCUGGGAGAAAUCCAAUUUCAUGCUUUUAGAUGUCCGGAACAAAUGCGGUUUCAGGCAUGUAGAGGUCAGGCAGUUUUGGCAGUGAUAGUUACGGUUGAGAUACUGCUCAUGUUCGAAAGAGUACUCUUAUAGUGCUAUAAUUGGAACUCAAAUUGGAAUCUAAUAAACUAAUGAUAUCCGAUGAGAAUCUGUUUCUUUA